AUGAACAUAUCUGAUGAUGAUGUUAUCUUUAAGAUUCUUCAGAAGUUGCCUCCAAGAUUCCAUGAAUCUGUAUCGUUUAUUCGAUUGUCGAAAGACCUUAGUAGCACUGAGGUUGCUUACAUCUUGCGAGCUGACGAAUGGAAACAAAGGCUUAAGAGCUAUGAAGAAGCUUCCGGGAGCGAAAAAUGGUGCGACUUUUGUAGGAAGAACAAUCACAAAACAUCGGAAUGCUAUUCGAAGAACAAGAAAGGAAGGUGA